AUGGCUUUGAAUACGUCUAGUUCAUCAAGACUCGUGGUAGAAGAUCCGGCGAGCCUUGUUCUGCCAUCUAUCGGUACCACAAAUGGAGGGCAUGUCUUCCCCGGCAAUACUCUCAAGCAUGCCUCAUGCAACGUGUGCUCAACGAAAUCUGGCUAUGUGCGACGCUACAGCGUGGCGCCCUCAUCGCAGAGUAUUCUACUUGCCGCAGUGGAUAUGUCCGAAAAUCGCCUCUCUAAGGCGUUAAAGAUCAAGGUUGGAAUAGAUGCAGACUCACCGGAAAACCGUCGUGGCAUUCGUCUUGAUUCUUGA